CUAAUCUGAGAUGCUUCUACAGUUAGGUCACCUGCCUAGUGGGUAAAAUGACAGAGAUGGAUGUGGUUUUCCUGGAUUUUCAUAAUGCUUUUGAUACUGUUCUUUAGAGCAUCCUUUGGGACAAGUUGUCCAGCUGUGAGAUGAGCAGGUGCACACUGUGCUGCAUGAAGAACUAGCCUGUUGACAUUCAAAAGCAUUUCCUUACUGAGAGGGUGGUUGCACACUGGAAAAGACUCUCUAAAAAGGUGGUUGAUGUCCCAUACCUGGUGGCACCUUAAAAGGAGGCGUUUGGACAAUGCCUUUAAUAAUGGGCUUUAACUAUUGGUCAGCUGUUGUCAGGCAGCAGGAAUAGAUGAGUGUUAUAUGCCCCUGCCAAGUGGAACUAUUCUCUCCUAGUUAAAAAUUUGUGAAAGCUGAACCAAAUGCAACCAGAAAGUAAAUCCUUCUCAAAACUGUUGAUCCUUUGAGGGUCUUUGCUAUGUUUCCUAUUGUCAAUGCUUUUUCUUCCAGGACUUCAGCCAGCAUCUGUUCAUGGGCUUGUGCUCUGGGUUAUGGCCACUGAGGAUCUGAAGAUCUUGGCAACUCACUUCAGUGCUUCGUGAUUCUUACAGCAAUUUUAGUUUUAUUCCUUAUUUCCAGUUUGAAACUCUCAAGUUUCAGGAGAUGCCACCAUGUCUCACCCUCCCUUGAAUCUAUUCCCACCCUUUUGUUGGGGGAUGUCCCCAUCAUUAGAAAUACCAGGCUGUGCUGUAAAAUGUCCCAACACCUUGUCUGCUCCAUAUUGAACCAGACCCAGCUUCAUAAAGCAUCCUUGCUUUAAAGGAUGGAGCCUCUUUUAUUAGUCAGUCUGACUCCAGGACCCCAAAGAGGGUGCAGUGCCUGGAUGAGGUCUGAUGCGUACUGAGCAGAGCACCCUAGUUCCUUCCAGCUAGAGACAACAAAGAUAGGAGAAUACAUGCCAGAGCAAGCCAAGUGCUGCCUGUGAUGCAUCGUGAGAGAAGAGCCCAAAGGGCUGGCCAGCAGUGUGAAGAGUGUGGACAGCCUGUGGGACUUUGUCCUGCAGCCUCCCAGGAAGGCAAAACUUGUUGCUGAGUGAGCCCUCAUGCUUUAUGUGCGUAGAGAUGUCUGUCAUAGCCAGAGAAAACUGGCAGGAAUCUGAAAAGGCACAGCCAAGGCCUCAGUGACUGUCUUGUAACAUCAAUGUGAGUAUAAGAUGACAAGAUGGGAAAUGGAGUAGGCAUUGGUGUAGAGGUAACCCCAGAUGCAUGUGCUGCAUGUACAGUGUACAGACGGUGUACCAUGUGUGUUGAUGGCCCAUUGUGAUAUCACCUAGAGAUGGAUUGUGAUGGCUUUGAGGGAUGGAUUGUGACCCACCAUCCCAUCCUGCUUACGGCUGAGCACCAAGUUUCACCCAGCCAGCUCAUGCCCAGACACAUCUGAAGAACAGGAUGCCAUCCAGAAGGACCUAGACAGGCUCCUGAAGUGAGCCCAUGGAAAUCUCAUGAGGUUUAACAAGACCAAGUGCAAGAGUCACUGAAGGAUUUUCCCCCUGCCUGCCAGGUUCAGGCAUCCGGGACACCCAGGAGGUGCACUUGCAGCAGCAGAGCAUAAAACCUGCUGCUGCAAUGCUGGUGAACGGUAGCAACUCAUAACCCCAGCUCCCCUCAGGCCCCUGCAGAGAAGAGCAUGUCCACAGAGAUCGACAGCUGCUGUCCCAUCUGCCUGGACAGCUGGAAGGAGAUCAGCUACAUAUUGCCAUGCCUACACCAGUUCUGUUACACCUGCAUCCUGCAGUGGGCAGAGAAGACACCCAAGUGCCCCCUCUGCAAGAGGAGGAUUCUAUCCAUCUUGCACUCAGUGGGAGCAGAAAAUGACUACAUGGAGCAUGUCAUUGCACUGUCUGAGACAUCAUCCAUCAUUGUCCGUCAGGCAAGAGGAGACCCCAGACACCUUGACCUCCACUUCUCUGGAGCCCCCCAAACAUGGGCUGCAGAAGGAGUGCCCAGGCAUCCUGUGGGCAGCCUCCAGCCUGGGGAGUGGAUGGUGCUUUUCCGGGACCACCCAUGCCUCCUAGAUACCCUGGUGCUCUGGGUCCGACCAAGGCUGAGGCAGAUCUUCAGGAACAACUGGACAGAGGCAGACCUAGUGGAGGAUGCUGUCAUGGACAUCCUGACUAACCAUGGAAUCGAUGAAGACCAGCUGAUCCAGAUGCUGUGGGUCUCCCUCCAAAACCUUGCCGCGACAUUUGUGCAACAGCUUGUCCGUGUUGCUGUGCGACGGUGCAGCAGGGAGGCCUGUCGUCUGCUGGCCCACCAGCCCUGUCUCCCUGCCCAGGUCCCAGCCCUUCUGACAGCCCUGCAAGAUGCACAGUGGAUGAGGUGCCCAACACCUCCUCCACUGCCAUGGAUGGGGAUUCCAGAAGCUACCCCUCUGUACCCAUUACCAUCGCUCUUGGAGCAAGAAGAGCCCCACGAGGAGCCAGAGGAAUCUGAUCCUGCAUCCUCCACUUCCAGACAGAGCAGUGAAGCCCUCCUGAGGGGGCGUGGUGACCCCUGAAGAGGCAGGCAAAUGGCCCUGGGGCCUCUUCAGCCACUCUUGCAUCCGUGACUUUGGAGGAUGCCUCAGGGAUUAGCCAUAUUGGGACUGGGCCACCAGCUGGGGCAUGCACCAACCCUCUAGGGCUCCCAGCCCCUCAGAUCCAGCUAUCCAAAUAAAAUGAAUGCAUGGAAACCAAAAAAAAAAAAAGUCUCAGUGUUACAAACAGGACAGAUGGCAUUUCUGUCCUUGUUAUUCUCCCAUCAGAAAAGUGAUGGCCAGAUCCAGGCCCAUUCCUGUAGCCAGCCCCAGGGCAGGUAUUUCCAGCUCAAGGGUCUCCAGGUCCAGAUUGUGCCCCACAGCUCAUCACCCCAGGGCACUC